AUGGCCAACGCCCUUCAGAAUAUCUACCGGCUGGCCGGCCCCGUGGCCGUCGGUGCCAUGCUCUUCAACGCCUCUCUCUACGAUGUCAAGGGUGGUUCGCGGGCUGUCAUCUUCGAUCGACUGUCUGGUGUGCAGGAGCAAGUCGUCAACGAAGGCACACACCUGUUGGUCCCCUGGUUGCAGCGGGCUAUUAUCUACGACGUGCGGACGAAGCCGCGCAAUAUCUCGACUACUACCGGAAGUAAGGAUUUGCAAAUGGUCACAUUGACGCUCCGUGUGCUGCACCGUCCGGAUGUGCCGCGGCUGCCCCAAAUCUACCAGUCAUAUGCCAUCGUGGCCCAGUUCGAUGCCGCCGAGCUCAUCACGCAGCGUGAAGCCGUCUCCAACCGCAUCCGCACCGACCUUCUCAAGCGCGCUGCGCAGUUCAACAUCGCUCUCGAGGACGUCUCCAUCACCCACAUGACCUUCGGCAAGGAGUUCACCAAGGCCGUCGAGCAGAAGCAGAUUGCCCAGCAAGACGCCGAGCGAGCUCGAUUCAUCGUCGAGCGCGCCGAGCAGGAGCGACAAGCCAACGUUAUUCGCGCCGAGGGUGAAGCCGAGUCUGCCGAGAUUAUUAGCAAGGCUGUCGCCAAGGCCGGUAAUGGUCUGAUUGAGAUUCGUCGUAUCGAUGCCAGUCGUGAGAUCGCGCAGACUCUGGCUGCUAACCCCAACGUCACAUAUCUGCCUGGUGGUGAUGGCAAGGAGGGCGGCAAGAGCACUAGCCUCUUGCUGGGCCUGCGCUCUUAG